AUGGAGCCGCCCUGGGAGCUGGAGCUGGAGCUGCGGCGGCACAUCGAGAGCUGCGCGUGCACCUGCGACCACAUGGGCUACGGCAACUACAUGGACUACCGCGCUCCCGCGGCGCACGCCUGCCUGUGCCGCGCGCUCACCUCGCCGCACGCCCACGCGGCAGUUCCAGAAGGAAUGACCUUUCCUGGUUCACUGCCGGAUGUGGCGGAGCGGUGUGGCCGCUGGGCGCCCGACUCCCUGUCGGCCUCCGCCUCGGGCAGCUCCGACGAGAAGCCGACACCGCGACGGCCGCGCUGGCGCAUCGCGCUUGCAGCGCUCGUCGUGCUGGCGGCGCUCGGCGCUGCACUGGGCCUACCACUGGCCCUGGGCGGCGGCGGCCGCGCCACUCCGGAACAACGCCUCGUCACCAUACGCCGCAUGUUACGAGACUCACCCCUUAUUGAUGGACAUAAUGACUUAGCGUGGAACGUUAGAAAAUUUCUUCAUAAUAAAAUAAACGACUUCAAUCUCUCUGCCGGCCUCGAGGGCCUCGAGCCGUGGGCGCGCUCGCGCUGGUCGCACACGGAUAUUCCGCGGCUCAGGCUCGGCCAGGUCGGUGCGCAGUUUUGGUCGGCGUACGUGCCCUGCGGCGCCAAAGACCGCGACGCCGUCCAACUCGCUCUCGAACAGAUGGACGUUAUCAAGCGGAUAGUAGAAAUGAAUGCAGCUCACCUUGCCCUGGUUACCGAAGCCUCAGAGUUAUUAGAUGCUCAUAGAGAGGGGAGAAUUGCAUCUUUAAUCGGCGUCGAAGGUGGACAUGCUCUGGGUGACUCGCUUGCAGUAUUACGCGCGUUUUACCAACUGGGCGCUCGAUACCUGACAGUGACGCACACGUGUGAUAAUAGAUGGGCGCGCGCCGCUGGCACUCCGGGUGGACUCACUGAGUUCGGUCGCGCCGUCGUUCGAGAAAUGAAUCGCCUCGGAAUGAUCGUAGAUCUCUCGCACGCCGGCGAGGAGACGGCGCUGGACGCCAUCGAAACGUCACGCGCACCAGUGGUCUUUUCGCAUUCUGGUGCCGCUGCGAUUUGCAAUUCGACGAGAAAUGUUCCGGACGAGCUCCUGCGUAAGAUCGCCGCUAACGGUGGCGUUGUGAUGAUAAAUUUUUAUGCAAAAUUAGUAACGUGUGGCGAACGUGCGACGGUCGAGGACGUGGUGACUCAUAUCAAUCACGUGCGGAAGGUGGCGGGCGUCGAACACGUGGGCCUAGGCGCGGGUUACGACGGUAUCGACGCGCCGCCCGAGGGGCUGGAAGACGUGUCGCGCUACCCUCACCUCCUGGCCGAGCUGCUGCGCGAUCCCGAUUGGAGCGAGGAAGACGUGCGCAAGGUGGCGGGUCUCAAUGUGAUACGUGUUCUGCGACACGUGGAGCGCGUGCGCGACGAGUGGCGGCGUGCCGCCGUGCUGCCAGGGGAGCAGGCGGCUGGUGCGCGCCGCGGCGAAUGCGUGUACGGACCCGCGUGA